GGUGGGAAAAAACGAGAGAGAAUCAAUAUCGAAGAACAACGACUGAUCUGAUCCGAUCGUGAACACGAGAAAACCUAUCAACCAUUGAACGUUACGCCGAAAAAUCCUUUAUUAUGGGAACGAAGCUUGAACCUUCCCUUCUCAUGGCGAUUUAUCAGGCUGCCUAUGUUUAAAUUAUAGCUCUGAUCGUCCAAACAUGUGGUUUUCUUUCUGGCGAUCGAGGAAUCGAUUCUCCUUGGAAGAACUCAGAUAUUUAACUGACCAGCUGGAAAAAGUUCAAAUUGUUAAUGAAAGUAACAAGGAGUUUGUUAUUGAGGCUCUGAGGUCAAUUGCUGAGUUAGUGACAUAUGGUGAUCAGAACGAUCCGGCCUUUUUUGAGUUUUUCAUGGAGAAGCAGGUCAUGGGGCAGUUUGUACGUAUAUUAAAUGUUAGUAGAACUUCGAGUGUUCCUCUUCAGUUGUUACAGACAAUGAGCAUUAUGAUACAGAACUUAAAAAGUGAACAUUCUAUCUAUUACAUUUUCAGUAACGAACAUAUAAACUCCCUUAUAACAUAUUCUUUUGACUUCCGUAAUGAAGAGCUGCUGUCGUACUACGUAUCCUUUUUAAGGGCAAUAAGUGGGAAGCUGAACAAAAGUACCAUUUCUCUGCUUGUGAAGACCCAAAAUGAUGAGGUAGUUUCUUUCCCACUGUACAAUGAGGCAAUAAGGUUUGCUUUUCAUGAAGAGAACAUGGUCCGCAUUGCUGUACGUGCUUUGACACUGAAUGUCUAUCAUGUUGGAGAUGAAUCUGUGAACAAAUAUGUCAAUAGUCCGCCUUUAGCAGAUUAUUUUUCGAAUUUGAUUUCAUACUUCCGGGAGCAGUGCAUCAGCUUGGAUAGAUGGGUAUCUGAAGCUUCAAAGUAUGUGUUGGGGAAUCCUGGCCCAGAAUCAACCUCUUGCAUUCUUGCUGCUGUAGAAGAAAUUGAAGAUUAUUUGUAUUAUUUUAGUGAUGUCAUUUCUGCUGGGAUUCCUGAUCUUGGAAGAUUAAUAACAGAAAAUAUUUCGCAGAUUCUAAUAUUUCCUUUGCUUCUUACUUCUCUGAAUAUGGAGCAUACUGAUGAAACACACAUUAGUGGCACUACAUCUCGUUAUCUACUUUGUUGCAUCUUGCGCAUUGUUAAAACCAAGGAUUUGGCAAAUAGUAUUGCGGCUGCUCUAUUCUGCCCCCCGGAUGCGUUUUCUCCAAUUUCUGAAACUAAACCCAAUGGCUGUAUGUCGGGUCAUGUUUCUUCACAUGAAAACCAACAGCUGGAUAAUGAUGCUAGUCACUCAGAGGCAGAUACUCAACAUUUAAGAGUUGUUGUAGCAAAUUCAUCUAGUUCUCCUCAAAUUCAUCCUGGAGAAGAUUUUGUCUUGCAGCAUGGUUGUGAUAGUCCACGUUUGACUUUGAGGGAGUUGUUGCUAUCAUAUGUUGUUAGUGGAAAUGACAUACAAGUUUUGAGUUCUUUGAGUGUGUUGGCUACAUUGUUGCAAACAAAAGAACUUGAUGAAUCGAUGCUGGAUGCACUUGGAAUUCUUCCACAAAGAAAACAACAUAAAAAACUCUUACUGCAAGCUUUGGUUGGUGAGGGCUCAGGUGAGGAGCAGCUUUUUUCCUCUGAAACUAGCUCAUUGAAAGAUGGUGUUCAUAGUGAGGUUGAUAGCUAUCUCCAAAAACUGAAGGAUCAAUAUGGAUUGCUGUGUUCUUGCAGUGAAAUUGGAGCUAGCCCUCGUGGAAAUAGAUUUCAGGUGCUCGAUUCAUUGGUGAGCCUCUUUUGCCGGUCAAAUAUUUCUGCAGAGACAUUGUGGUGUGGUGGUUGGCUGUUACGUCAGCUUCUUCCUUACAGUGAGGCAGAGUUCAACAGUCAUCAUCUUAAACUGCUGAAAGACACGUACAAGAAUUGCAUCAGUGGUCUUCUCCAGGAGGUUAGGGGGACAUGGCCUGAUUUACUUAUAACAGUCCUUAUUGAUGAGUGGAAGAAGUGCAAAAAAGCAAUAGAGGCCUCAUCCCCACAGAAAGAGCCCAGGCACAUCCUCUUGCCAUCACAAAGGAGUGAUAUAGAAGGUGAAUCAUCUUUUACUGCAGGAGAAAGAAUGUGCGAAAUGGUGAAGGUCUUCGUGCUUCUUCAUCAACUUCAAGUCUUCUCCCUUGGAAGGACUUUACCUGAUCAGCCCCCUAUUCUUUCUCCAACUGAUCUCCCAAUAAACUCUCGAGCUAAAACUGCUGGACUAGAUGUCUUGGGUCCAAAACCUGGCACUGAAAUAAAACUGGUAGAUGCAGUGCCAUGUAGAAUUGCAUUUGAGAGGGGAAAAGAACGUCAUUUUUGCUUUUUAGCAACAUCGAGAGGAACACUUGGGUGGGUUUUACUUGCAGAAGAAUUACCCCUCAAGCAGAAUUUUGGAAUUAUCCGGGUUGCUGCACCCUUGGCUGGCUCUAUGCCCAGAAUAGAUGAUAAGCAUUCAAAAUGGUUACACUUACGCAUCCGUCCAUCUACUUUGGCCUUCAUGGAACCCUCCAAGUCUGAAGCCCUUGGAAAAGCAAAGACAAAAGCUUUAAUUGAUGGGAGGUGGAUCCUUGCAUUCAGGGAUGAGGAAGCUUGCAAGUCUGCCUUGUCUAUGAUACUUGAGGAGAUGGAUUUGCAAAGUAAUGAAGUGGAGAGAAGAUUAAAGCCUUUGCUUAACCUGGACAGACCUCUAGAUGUCCUAUAGAUUUUUUUGGAAGCUUCAUCAACAAUACAUACACAUACUCCAUAGCUUAUUUCGAAUGCUAGUUUGCUUCAUGGGUGGAAUGGGGAUUGCGUGCUACCUUUUGUAUAAUAGUAGUUUCCGAAAGGCGGUCUUAGAAAAACAGAGAUAUAGAGUAGCACUUCAGCCAUUGAAUCAUGGAUGAUCCAAUGCCAUUCUUUGUACACUAGCCCUUUUUUCCCCCUGUCCUAAUUUUUUUUUUUUUCAUUCUUUAACAGUCCCUGGCACAGGGUUUUUCUUUGGAUUUUCCUAAUGUAAUUUCUGUAACAUUAAUGUAUAUUUGAGAUUAUCCGAGUAAAAUUGCAAUCUUUUUGUG